AAAAAGAGUGCACUAUCAUACCGAUACCAGUCAAGGCAUUUGUGUCUAAAGCAAAAUGUUCUCCAAAAUCGUGCUCGCGUGCGCCCUGGUGGCGGUGUGCCAGGCUGGUUACGUGCACCACGCUCCAGCUGUGUCAUCUCAGAGCAUCACUCGUCACGACCAGACCGUGCACCAUGAGACUCCCAUCCACUACUCCGCUCCCGUUGUCCACGCUGCGCCCAUCGCUCAUGCUGCGCCCAUCGUGCACGCUGCCCCCAUCGUGCACGCGGCUCCUGCCAUCCACGCCGUGCACGCCGCCCCUGCCAUCCACGCCGUACAUGCCGCCCCCGCCCACGAGGACCACUACGUCGACGAAUACGCUCAUCCUAAAUACGGUUACUCGUACUCCGUGGAGGACCCCCACACUGGUGACCACAAGUCCCAGCAUGAGACUCGUGAUGGUGACGUCGUGAAGGGAGAAUACUCUCUGCUGCAGCCUGAUGGCUCUUUCCGCAAGGUCACAUACACCGCUGACCACCACAAUGGUUUCAACGCGGUCGUGCACAACUCACCGCCCGUGAUCCACCACCAUUAGAACAAUAUUUACCCAAUCUGUGAUAUUAGUGUUAAUGUGUUCUUGUAGUCGAUUGUGUAGCCUUCCAUCUGUUCUCAUUAAUGAUAUUUAGUAAUAUGCAAUAGAACAUUAUCUAUGACAACGACUUCUAUGUGAAUGUAUGGAGAAACAUUGUGUUUUGUAGUGUCAAAGACGAUAGGACUGCUGGAACUUGGUCAUAAAUCUGUCUCCUUGAUUAAAUUUAUUAAUUAAAAUACUCCGAUCAAGUAGAUAGAUCAAGAGUGUAAUAUCUUGUGUAAAUAAUAUUAAGCGUACGUAGAGCUAAAUCUAUCUCAUGAAUGGCCUGUCAUAGUUGUAUGUAAUCUGCAAGUAACUAUGUAGUUUUUCUGACCGGUGUGGGCAACAUUGUAAAUAGCUUAGCUUUGACCAAUAAAUAUAUGAUGAUAAUGUAAA